CAAAAAGCGAUAUUAUUGCAUUGGCCAAAAAAAAAACAUUGGCGAAAAAAGGGCUAGGAUCGGUGUCAGACGGCGGAAGGGCAUAUAUACACUUGGAUCCUUCGUUUCUCUGGGAGCUCAGGCCGGCUGGUAUAUGGUACAUUUGGUCGGAUACCGGGGCAACCAGCGGUGUCGCAAAGCAUCUAGCAUUAUGAAGAAGCCGGCAUUUGAUCUUGGUGGGGAAAAAAAAGAGAAUGGCCUCUUCACAUAUCGGCAUCCCUGACUUGUUUAGCAUUGAUCAGCGUUCUCCCAUUCGAUCGGCGCAUCUUCUCAACGACGUCUCUUUUUGUCGUUUCAUAUCUUUCAUUUUUCCUUGGUGGACUCAUCACACAUUGCGACGGGGCGAGGGAAAACAGCGACGGAGUACUUGGGACGGGUUUCGAUAUUCUCGAGGUAGUAGGCUAAAGGGUUGGGUACGUGGCAUAUGGGAGGUUAGGGAGGCGAGUCCGGCAAGUAGGCAAACGAGUAAGAGGGAGAAAGGGGUUAGUGUGAGGGUGUGGUUUUUGUUGGACCAUCCCAUAUACCUCUCUCGUCGUCGUUUCUUUCCAUGCCUUACUCUCUUCCACAUCCCGGUUGAUGGGAAACAAACCGACCAAAUUCCCGCGUUGCCGGUUUUCCCGACAUGCGUGUUCAAAGGAAAGGGAGGCGGCGGACAAAUCUAUUUAUCUUUCCUUGCACUAUUUUCCUGUUUCCUCUGUCACGUAAUUAUAUCAGCUAGCGAUUUUUUAGACGGUCACCUCGAUUCACAUCCAUCCAGAAGGACAGCAUCUAUUCAUAUCAUACUCAUACUCAUACCAUAUUAUUCAUAUCUAUUAACUUCUUUCUUCUAUCUUAUCUUUCGCUUACCUCUUCUAUCGGCAUCACCAUCAUCAUCUUCGCUACUACUACAUACCUACCUACCUAUUAUCAUUAUUACUGUCAUAUUUUCUUCCCCAAAUGUAAAAUUAUUAGUACUAGAUGCUCCUACCUAUUACUUCCCUAGGUAGCUAAGAUCUAAUGUGUAACGGACUGGGAAAGGGGGUUUUG